GCACCCGAAAAGCCUUUGUCUUUCCUAUCUCUCUUCUUCCUCCUCCUCCUCCUCUCUCUAUCUAGAAAGCGUUCUCAGUACGUUUUUUGAUUGACGCCAUUGAAAAAUUGAGUUAAAUCGGUUUGAAUCGGAUUGAACAGAAACCAUUAAUCAUUUUGUUUUGCUCCUUCUUCUCUCAAUCGUUCGUUUCUGUGAAGGGGGCAAGGUUUGAGUUAUGCCCUCUAUUCUCAGAUCUUAGCGCUUUCCUCGACGAGAUUCAGCAUCUGGGUUUUCUUAAUCUGAUUGAGCAAAAAAAUGCAAUCCGACAAUGGAAAGCUGUUCAUCGGAGGGAUAUCUUGGGACACCAAUGAGGAACGUCUCAAGGAGUAUUUCAGCAGCUUUGGUGAAGUCAUCGAAGCUGUGAUCUUGAAAGAUCGUACCACUGGUCGUGCACGUGGUUUCGGCUUUGUUGUCUUUGCUGAUCCAGCUGUUGCUGAGUUUGUUAUAACCGAGAAGCAUCAUAUCGAUGGGAGAUUGGUUGAAGCAAAGAAGGCUGUUCCUAGAGAUGAUCAGAACAUGGUAACUAGAAGCAACAGCAGUAGCAUUCAAGGAUCACCAGGUCCAGGCAUUCGCACGAGGAAGAUAUUCGUUGGAGGGUUACCUUCUUCAGUCACAGAGAGCGACUUCAAGACCUAUUUUGAGCAGUUUGGGACAACAACGGACGUGGUUGUUAUGUACGACCACAACACACAAAGGCCUAGAGGUUUCGGAUUCAUAACUUAUGACUCCGAGGAAGCCGUUGACAAAGUACUUCUCAAGACGUUCCAUGAACUCAACGGUAAAAUGGUUGAGGUUAAGAGGGCUGUGCCGAAGGAGAUGUCUCCAAGUCCAGCUCGUAGUCCUCUUGGUGCUGGUUACAGCUAUGGAGUUAAUAGGGUUAAUAAUCUUUUGAAUGGAUAUGCUCAAGGGUUUAAUCCGGGUGUAGUUGGAGGGUAUGGACUUAGGAUGGAUGGUCGGUUUAGUCCGGUUGGUGCUGGUAGAAGCGGGUUUGCAAAUUUUGGGAUGAAUAUGAAUUUUGAUCAGGGGUUGCCUACAGGGUUCAGUGGAGGUAACAGUUUUAAUGGAAAUGUGGAUUAUGGGCGAGGGAUGAGUCCUUACUACAUUGGGAACACAAACCGGUUUGGUCCUGUUGCUGGUUAUGAAGGAGGCAAUGGAGGAGGAGGAGGAGGAGGGAACUCGUCCUUCUUCAGUUCGGUUACUCGGAACCUAUGGGGAAACAACGGUGGUCUUAACUAUAACAACAACAACAACACUGCAAACUCAAACUCCAAUACAUACAUGGGAGGUGGAUCAACAAGUGGUAACAACACUCUUACCGGCCCAUUUGGAAACUGGGGUGCUCCUGGAGGAGGAGGAGGGAACAAUGCUGUUGGUAACGAGAAUAUGAAGUUUGGUUAUGGAGGAAACGGUGAAUCUGGUUUUGGGUUGGGAGCAGGUGGAUAUGCUGCAAGGAGCAUAGGGCCUAGCAAGGCAGCACCGUCUUCUUCAUUCUCUUCUGCCUCGGCAGCCAACAACACUGGUUACGAUGGAGCAGGACUUUCAGAGUUUUAUGCGAAUGGUGCAGUCUAUAGUGAUCCCACAUGGAGAUCACCAACUCCUGAGGCAGAAGGACCUGCUUCUUUUAGCUAUGGGAUUGGAGGAGGAGGAGGUCCUUCUUCAGAUGUUUCAGGUAGAAGUUCAUCUCCAGGUUAUGUUGGCAGUUACAAGAGACAACCAAACAGAGGCGAGGCUCCAUCAAGGUGAACAAUCUGUGUCUUUUGGCGAAUCUUUUAGAUUAUCUUCAAACAAAGAAAGCCCAUGAGGAAAAACAAAAACUUGAUCAUAUCAUCAUCAGCUAGAGCUAACCAGAAAAAUCUGUCAUGGUUUGGUUUUCUAAAUUCAUUGGUCCUCUUAGGCUUCUUUUCUGCUUUCUUUUUCUUUUCCUAUUUUUGUUUUUUUUUUCUUUCAAUGAGGGACAGUAGAAACUGGUGUCAGUCUCCGGCGAGGCAGUAAUACAUAAGAAGAGUUCAAAAAAAAAAACAAAAAACAAAAACAAAAGGGGAUGAUCCUUCUUCCUUAGUUUCCUUUUAUUGUCAUGUAAUGGUUCAUCUUCUUGGGGGUUAUGUCUUUUAAGGUUUGGUGUUUUGAGGCAGAUUGUACUAGAGGUUAUAUGUUUCUUUUGUUUUGUCGUUUUUGAUAGUGUGAGAUAUUGGAAAAAAGAGGAUUUAGCCAUUGUAGGGCUUUGGAGAAUAAGUCUUUUUUUUUUAUGUUUGUAUGUCUUAUGCGAACGCAAGCAAAACUCGUUUCUGUUCAUGUACUUCUAUUUUAUAGAAAACUAUUUUUAUGUUUUACUUCUUUUUUUCCUUCUCUUAUGCUAUUUUUGUAGAGAGAAAAAAAUUCUAAUGAAUGACAAAACAUUCAAGUUAUAUGAC